AUGACAUCUUACUGGGAUAGAAUCACGGACUAUUAUAAUGAGAAUAGGAAGACUCCAAGUGAAAGGACCAAGAACUCACUACAACAUAGGUGGUCUGAUAUUCAAAAGGAUACAGCACGAUUCUGUGGUUUCUAUGCUGAGAUAGAAAGAAAGAGGGAGAGUGGAAAGAGUGAGGAUGACAAGGUUAAGGAUGCUCUACAGAUGUAUCAGGGCCUUGUUAAAAGUGUGUUCAAGUUCAUCCAUUGCUGGCUCAUUCUACGCUACGAGCAUAAAUGGCAGGCACAUUUGAUAGACAUGUCCACACCAAACGAUAAAGAGCACAGCGAAACAUUGCAGGCCACUGAAGUCCAAGCAGUGGAGGCAAUGAAGGACAAGACUCUCCCUCCAAAGAUUUCCAGGCCAAUUGGAAGGGACAAGGCGAAGAGGAUGAAGACCAGCAACACGGCCUCAAAUUCCACAGCCUUUCUACAAGUUCUACAGAACAUGCGGAGUGAUCGGCAAGCCUAUGAGGAACGAGUGGAGCAAGCAACCGAUGCCACUGAGGGAGCCAUCUCAGCACGAUCUGAACGAAAGCUGGCUAUCCAAGAACAGCAACUACGUCUUCAGGAGAGGUUGGUUACACUCCAGGAAGAAAGGGAGGAGAACCUUGUCAUGAGUCUGGAUUUGGACAAGAUGACUCCAUGGGCAAAGGAUUUCUAUUUAAUGAAGCAAAAGGAGAUCGUCACGAGGAAAACCACUCAGCAUGCUUCCAACAAUGAGGAGUAA